AUGACGUUGAAGGAAACAGAGCAUGAAGCUCCACCAUCCAGGGGAAAUGGCGAUAGCUUCGACCAGAUCUCGCUGGAACGCCUUGGACGCGAGAGACCCGCGUCGUUCUCUGGCGCGUGGUCAGAAAUCGCAUUCUGCUUCUCGAUUGUGAUGUCGCAAAUCCUCGCGGAAUACUACAUCUCAGGUUCCAAUGUCCUCCUGCCGACUCUGAUCGAUGAACUCGACUUCCCUCCUGAUGCCACGAUAUGGCCGUCUACCUCGUUAUCUCUCGCCGUGACCUCCACCCUCCUCAUCUUCGGGCGAUUGACAGAUAUGUUCGGUGGAUACGCGAUCUAUAUUGCUGGGGCAGGGUGGUUGACAAUAUCGUCCAUUCUAUGCGGCGUGUCGCAGUCAUGGCUGAUGCUGAUUAUCUGCCGAGCCCUGCAAGGCCUCGGUCUCGCCGCGUUUCUGCCUUCCGGAGUCAUGAUCUUGGGGAAGACAUAUCGACCUGGACCGCGGAAGAACUUCGUGUUUAGUCUCUAUGGCGCGUGCGCGGCGAUGGGAUUCUUCGUCGGGAUCUUCUUCUCGGGGCUCUGCAGUCAGUAUCUCACCUGGAGAUGGUAUUUCUUCAUCGGCGCGAUUCUUUCCGCCAUCACAAUGCUCUCUUCGAUCUUUUAUAUACCGCGCGACUACAAAGAGACGAGAGGGAACCGUUCCACCAUGGACUGGCCCGGUUGUGCUCUGUCAGUGGCUGGAUCGGUUCUAUUCGUCUUUGCCAUCGCCUACAGUUCCUACGCUCCAGAGAAAUGGCGUACCCCAUAUAUCCCCGUCUGCUUAAUCCUCGGCGUUCUAUGCCUCGGCAUCUUGACAUAUGUCGAAGGCUGGGUCGUGAAGAACCCACUCCUCCCCAGCGACAUGUUCCGCGUCAAAUACAUGACACCACUCGCCAUCUCCCUGCUCUUCCUCUACGGCAGCUUAGGCGUCUACCUCCUCUACGCCGUCCUUUAUAUGGCCGAAUUCAUGGGCGCAACCCCGUUCCAAAUGGUCGCCUGGACCGUCCCCAUGGCCGCCGGCGGGCUAAUCCUCUCCUGCGUCGGCGGGCUAAUCUUCCACCGCAUCUCCGGCACAAUCCUGCUCAUAAUCUCGUGUCUGGGGUACUUCGGGUCCGCGAUCUUCUUCGCCGUCGUCCCCAUCGGCGGGAACUACUGGGCCUUCGUGUUCCCCGCCAUGGUCUGCGGCACCAUCGGGAUCGACAUCAGCUUCAACCUGGCCAACAUCUUCAUCACGACGAACAUGCCCAAGGCGCGGCAGGGUCUUGCGGGCGCGCUGAUCAACUGUACCCUGCAUAUGGGCAUUGCGGUGAUGCUAGGGUUUGCGGAUAUCGUGCAUGCUGAGACGGAGAGGUUGGGUGCGUGGAAGAGCUAUAAAGCGGUUUUCUGGUUCCAGGCGGCGCUGGCGCUGACGGGGUUGGUUAUUGUGGGGCUCUUUGUGAGGGUGAAGGAGGCGAAGAGUGAGUUGACGAUUGAGGAGAGGGAGGCGUUGGCUGCGGCGUCUGGUCGCAGUCAUGGUCAUGGUCAUGCAGCAGAUCGUCCUAAACAGGCGGACGCUGGGGCUGAGGCUUGA